GUUUUCACUUCAUAGGCCUGAUUGCAUUAAAAGAGGAGAGUCAAGAACUAAAUGAAAAGGAAGAGAAUGAUGAGUAUGAGAAACAUCAUGAUUUCAUAACAAAAGCUUAUAGUUGCUCACCGACUGAAAUGACUUCCGCACAAAAAAGUGCUAAAAAGCCAGGAACUAGAAGUAAUUUCACAUGCUCUCAGUGUGGAAAGAGUUUCAGACAACAUGGAAAGCUUAAAGUCCACAUGAGAAUUCACAAUGAAGAGAGUUCUUUCACCUGCCAACAGUGUGGAAAAUGUUUCAACAGAAAAGAAAACCUCAAUUACCACAUGAGCAUUCACACUGGAGAGAAGACUUUUACCUGCAGUUAUUGUGGAAGACGUUUCAACAGAAAAGGAAACCUUACAAGCCACAUGAGAAUACAUUCUGGGGUGAAGGCUUACAAAUGUCCUCAUUGUGGAAGGAGUUUUACACAUAGACCAACUCUUAAUGCCCACAUGAGAAUUCACACUGGAGAAAAGCCUUUCACAUGCCCUCAAUGUGGAAAGAGUUUCACUCAAAAAGGAAACCUUAACAUUCACAUGAGAAUUCACACUAGAGAGAAACCUUUCACUUGUCUUCAGUGUGAAGAGAGUUUCACGUAUCAAAGAGACCUGAAAAGGCAUUUGCAAACUCAUUCUGGAAAUAAUUUGCAAGGUUCCUCAGUGUGGCAAGAGGUUUGCAAAAUAGAACAAUUUCAAAAAUCACUUGUGCAUUGACUCUGGGAGAAGAAUUUAAUUUUGCUCAGUGCAAUAAACAUUUUUUUCCCCAUCACACUUACAGAGACAUCCUGAAAAGAUGUAGAUUUGAGACCCUCUUUGUCUGGAAUGAGUUUCAAAGAGAUCUGCAAUUUAAAAUGGCACUAGGAAUUAUCUGCUUGAAUUAAUUCUUUGAAUAAUUUUGAUUGCAUAGAGGUGUAACUCAAAUUUGAUUCAGCUUAACUCAUAAAUUUGAUUCAGCUAAAAAAAAAAAAAAUCAACCAAAAAAAUGAAUAUUAACUUGUUUUCUUUGCAUUAUUUGUAACAUCAUUUUUUUUUCUGCAAAUAAAUUAUCUAAAUGUUUUUACUCAAAUGUACAUUUUACUCAAACACAUAAAUAUAGAUAUAUCCAGAGAAACUGCUAAUUUUGCAGUGGUCUAGAGCUGUAUUUUGGUCACUCAUGUGAGAACCCAGACA